AUGGAGCCCAGCAAGGUCGAGGCGAUCAGCUCUUUCUCCAGUGACGCCCUCAGCUCCCCCCGAACGAUGCGUAGUGGUGCGCCCACGCCGCCGCCGUCGUCCUCCGUGCCCCUCCCGGUACCCUCAUGGGACGAACCGGAGGUCCUCCUAUACGCAUCGCACAUCCCGACCACCCACGAAAUGGACAUCGACAGCCGUCCACCUGAGCCCGACGUGACCCCGCAUCGCGGAUGCCAGCAGCCAGUAGCAGCAGCAGCAGCCAUCAGUCCCAGCGAUCCCGCCGGACCGAUCGACAAACGGACGUUCUCAACCUUGGCUACUGCUGCUGGUAGUAGUCGCAGCAACAGCGGUAGCGGUGGCGGCGUUAGAAGCAGCAGCAUGCGGCAGGAAGUCCGGCUGAGCUGCGCGCAGGUCGAGCAGAUCCAUGCCACCAAGGAUGUGUCGAUGGCGCAGGAGACUGAGAUCGCGGGCCUGCGGACCACCCUCCGAGAGAUCCACGCUGAAAUGCGACGGGAGCGGCUCGAGGCAGAGAGGAAGGUGAGGGAGCACAUGAUCUCGGGGUGGAUGACGACUGAUGUUGGUGCGGAUGGCGAUGCCCGGGUUGCUUAUGAUAAUCAUCGUGAUGAUGCUUGGACGCCGGUAUUAAUGGAGGUGGAUUUGCUCCUUGCAGAGCUGGAGGCGGAGUACGGACGUGUCGAUGGGGCGUUGACGGAGCGGGAGAACCAGCUGGUUCAGUCGACGGAGGACUUUGCGGGCCUGCUGGAUCAGCUGCGCGGGUCAUUUCCCAAAGGCAUUUUCACGGAGGAGAACUGUGAGAGGGCCGCUUUGGGGAAUGUCGGAGCUGAGGAGCUUCUGGGUCGCAACGAGUAUGCUUUGAAGGCGUUCUCCCAGUCUGCGGCCGCACAGAGGCUGCGAGAGCUGCGGGGUCAGUUGGUCGAACUUGACGGGCAAUUGGUCUCGAUCGUGAAGCUCCAAAAUAUUGAAAAUCCCUUGGUCUCAGACAAAGGGCUUGAUAGCGAUGCAAUGGACUGUCUGCGAACCUACGAUGAAAGACGGAUGAAUCUGUUUCAUGAGUACUGGGCCAGACUGUCGGAUCUUGAGACCCUCACGGAAGGGCAUGGCGAUACGCUGCAGCUGUCCUCUCAUGAGCUCAAACAGAGCAGCAUCUUCGAGCCGGUGCUGAUACCGAGCUCGCCGUCGAAAGUCUUCGUCAACCAGUGGCUUCUGUUCCAGCUGAGGACGUCGUCCUUGGAAGAGGCGCGCAUCCGCUCGCUCCCGGAGUGGGAGACACUGCGUGGCCAAGGGUGGACCAACGCCGGCAUCAGCCGCCUGGCGCUCACGCUCUGGUUCUCGGAUGAUACCGUCCUGCCGUACAGAGAUUCCAAGACCCCGAGUCAGUCCUUCAACUUGAGCGAGAUCCCCAGCAUUGACUUCGAGGUCAGUCCGAGGAAGAGACGAGCCAGAUCCGCCAGCUUGCAGGGCCCGGAAACUCAACGGGAAUUUACGCAGUCUCCGGUCAAGUUUGGUCGUUACGAUACCACUUAG